CUUCUUCUUGUUGUUCUUCAUGUUCUUGUUGAAUAAUGAGGCUGUGUUGGAUUUUGUUUGUGUUGCUUGUUUUUGUGAACUUGAGUUUUAAUGGCUUCUGUGAGGCUAAGAAGAUUGUUGUUCCUCCUGCUGUUGUUGUUGGCACUGUCUUCUGUGACACUUGCUUCCAACAAAAUCUCUCCAAAGCUCCCCAUUUCAUCUCAGGUGCCACAGUUGCAGUGGAGUGCAGAGAUGGAGAAGCCUCGAAAACCAGUUUCCGGCAGCAGGUGAAGACGAACAAGAAUGGAAAAUUCAGAGUAAUUUUACCAUUCUCCAUAGCCAAACACGUGAAGAAAAUCGAGAGCUGUUCUGUGAAACUGAUCAGAAGCAGCGAGCCGUUCUGCUCUGUUGCCUCCUCUGCAACUUCCUCUGUUCUUCGUUUCAAGUCCAAGAACAAGAGAGGAACCAGAAUUUUCUCGGCCGGAUUCUUCACUUUCACGCCAUUGGAGCAGCCCAGUUUGUGCAGCCAAAAGCCCACAAUUUUGAAAUCCCCAAAAACACCAAAUGGAAUUGGUUCCAUUGAAUCUGUUCUUCCCCCUCUGGAUUCCCCUGUUUUGCCCUCCCCUGUUCUUCCUACAAUUCCUGAUCUUCCGCCUCUUCCGCCGCUCAUUCCCGGCCUUCCGCCGCCGGACGGGAUGAUCGGAG